GGUGCCUGCUGAUUUGUUUGCUGUCUGCUGUGCUGCGUGGAGGGGCAGGAGAUAGGGGACUUCUAGUUCUGCCCAGGGCUCAACUUUAGCAGAAACUCCCUGAGGUUGGUUCAAAGAGAGGUGUCUCUGCUGGCCAAGGUCACUGGGAUGGGAGGCCCAGAGUCCACAGAGCGCUCUCAUGGGCCCGCCUCUCAGACCCGGCCUGUCAGUCUCCUCCCGAUUCUCCUUGCACACUAGCUCCGGCUCCCUGCAGCCUGCCUCCUCUGCUGACUCUGCUGGCCUAGGGCCCUGCCUUGCUCAGCACGGAGUCAGCCCAGCCCUGCCUGGCGUCCUGGCCCCCUCACCAUUUCCAGGAGAAGACUGGCUGGCUGUGAGGGAGUGUGACGGCGUGCAGGUCUUACAGAUGCCAGCCCCAGGCCAGCCCUGCUGCUGGUGUGGUGGGUUGACAUGUCUGCCAUAUGCCUGUGCCCCAGUGUAGAUGCUACAGGCAUGAGGUUCACCCAGAGCCAGGGAGGGAAAGACAGCCACCGAGCGCCGCACAUUUUGUUCUUAGCUACCAAGACCUCAGUCCCAGCAGGUCCACAUUGUCCAGCUCCAGGGGCCUCUGUCCACAUCAUGGUGCCUGUGUUCAGUGUCCCCGUGUCUUGAGUUGCAAACAGUCUGUGUGGUCACAGGUGGUGGUCUGGGUCCUACCUUUUCUGGAGUCCACCCCUGACCCCUCUAGCAUUGCUAAGAGACAGCUUAGAAGCGGAGGCCCCCUCCCCCUCUGACCCAGGGCUCCAUGGUUGCAUUUUCAGGAUUUUCCCUGUGACUCCUCCUGUGAGGAUCCUGGAUCAGGACUGUCCCCUUGCCCCUUCCCAGUCUUCACUGGGCUCCUGAGGGCCUGGCUGGGCUGUCCUGGGGAUCUCAGCCCUGGGACUAAUGCCUCCUGCACCUUGGACUCUGGGCUCCGCCAUGUGGCCACUAUGACCUGGGGUGGCUUGGGUGAGGCCAGCACUUCGCCUCCUCUCCUGACAGCUGCCUGCAGUGGGAAACUGGAGCAGCACACAGAACGGCGUGGCGUCAUCUAUAGCCCGGCCUGGCCCCUCAACUACCCGCCGGGCACCAACUGCAGCUGGUACAUCCAGGGUGACCGUGGCGACAUGAUCACCAUCAGCUUCCGCAACUUUGACGUGGAGGAGUCCCACCAGUGCUCCCUGGACUGGCUCAUGCUGGGCCCAGCGGCCCCACCCCGCCAGGAGGCCUUCCGGCUCUGCGGCUCUGCCAUCCCGCCUGCCUUCAUCUCCGCCCGGGACCAUGUCUGGAUCUUCUUCCACUCUGAUGCCUCCAGCUCCGGCCAGGCCCAGGGCUUCCGUCUCUCAUACAUCCGAGGGAAACUAGGCCAGGCAUCCUGCCAGGCAGACGAGUUCCGCUGUGAUAAUGGCAAGUGCCUGCCGGGCCCAUGGCAGUGCAACACUGUGGAUGAGUGUGGCGAUGGCUCUGAUGAGGGCAACUGCUCAGCGCCUGCCUCCGAGCCACCUGGAAGCCUGUGUCCUGGGGGCACCUUCCCCUGCAGCGGGGCACGCUCCACGCGCUGCCUGCCGGUAGAGCGGCGCUGCGACGGCACGCAGGACUGCGGCGAUGGCUCCGAUGAGGCUGGCUGCCCUGACCUGGCCUGUGGCCGGCGGCUGGGCAGCUUCUAUGGCUCCUUUGCUUCCCCAGACCUGUUUGGUGCAGCCCGAGGGCCCUCGGACCUUCACUGCACAUGGCUGGUGGACACACAAGACACGCGGCGUGUGCUGCUGCAGCUGGAGCUGCGGCUGGGUUAUGACGACUACGUGCAGGUGUACGAGGGCCUGGGUGAGCGUGGGGACCGCCUGCUGCAGACGCUGUCCUACCGCAGCAACCACCGGCCCGUGAGCCUUGAGGCUGCCCAGGGCCGCCUCACCGUGGCUUACCAUGCCCGCGCCCGCAGCGCUGGCCACGGCUUCAACGCCACCUACCAGGUGAAGGGCUACUGCCUCCCAUGGGAGCAGCCGUGUGGGAGCAGCAUCGAGGGCGACAUGGGUGACACAGGUGAACAGGGCUGCUUCUCGGAGCCACAGCGCUGCGAUGGCUGGUGGCACUGUGCUAGCGGCCGAGAUGAGCAGGGCUGCCCCGCCUGCCCCCCAGACCAGUACCCCUGCGAGGGUGGCAGCGGCCUGUGCUACGCACCUGCUGACCGCUGCAACAACCAGAAAAGCUGCCCCGAUGGCGCUGACGAGAAGAACUGCUUCUCCUGCCAGCCUGGCACCUUCCACUGUGGCACCAACCUGUGCAUCUUUGAGACGUGGCGCUGCGAUGGCCAGGAGGACUGCCAGGAUGGCAGCGAUGAGCACGGCUGCCUGGCGGCCGUGCCCCGGAAGGUCAUCACCGCCGCCCUCAUCGGCAGCCUGGUCUGUGGCCUGCUGCUCGUCAUCGCCUUGGGCUGCGCCUUCAAGCUCUACUCACUGCGCACGCAGGAGUACAGGGCCUUUGAGACGCAGAUGACACGCCUCGAGGCUGAGUUUGUGCGGCGGGAGGCACCCCCGUCCUAUGGGCAGCUCAUUGCCCAGGGCCUCAUUCCACCCGUGGAGGACUUCCCUGUCUACAGUGCAUCCCAGGCCUCCGUGCUACAGAACCUUCGCACAGCCAUGCGGCGACAGAUGCGCAGGCAUGCCUCCCGCAGAGGACCCUCCCGCCGCCGGCUCGGUCGCCUGUGGAACCGGCUCUUCCACCGGCCUCGGGCACCGCGAGGACAGAUCCCACUGCUGACUGCUGCGCGCACCUCACAGACAGUGUUGGGUGACGGGCUCCUCCAGCCUGCACCAGGGGCCGCCCUGGACCCCCCAGCACCCCUUACGGACACAGGCAGCGCUGGGGCAGCUGGAGAUGGGUCCCCCAGUGCCCCCGUCCAUACACCAGAGGUGGGACCUUCUGUGCUGCCCCCCUUGAGCCUGCAGGACCCAGAGUACAGGCCAGUGGACAAGGACAGAAAGGCCUGCAGGGACCCUCUGAUGGACAGCCCAGCGUCUGUGGACAUGCCUCGGGAGCCCUGCUCGGCCCAGGACCCUCACUCCUUAGCCCCCACUGCCGGCAGCACCCUAGGCCCCCACCCACCAGAGCCACUGGGUGUCUGCAGGAGCCCCCCACCCCCCUGCUCCCCAACGUUGGAGGCCAGUGACGACGAGGCCCUGCUGGUCUGCUGACCCACCAGACGCGCUGGUGACUGCCACAGCCCCGCUUUGUAACCAGGGAAUAUACAGUUGUUUCUACCCUG